CACACUUCUACUAUUUCAUCAACUCCAGCUACAACACAUAGUUCUACCAUUUCAUCAACGCCAACUACAACAGACAUUUCUACUAUUGUCUCAAUGCCAACUAUAGCACACACUUCUACUAUUUCUUCAACACAAUCUACAACAAAUAAUUAUACUAUAUUGUCAACUCCAGUUACACAUACUUCUACUUUUUCACCAAUUCCAUCUACAAUACAUACUCCCCCUGUUUCGUCAACGCCAACUACAACAGACAUUUCUACAAUUUCAUCAAAUCCUGCGACAACUCACACUUCUACUAUUUCAUCUACUCCAGCUACAACACAUACUUCCCUUAUUUCAUCAACGCCAACUACAACAAACAUUUCUACAAUUUCAU